UCAGAGAUCGUUGAAGAUUUUGGCAAUUAGCUUUGGGUCAAUAGGUCUGCGUCCGCAGCGAACUAAUAUAAGCGGUCGCUGCGACCGCUCGUAGCUCAGUUUAGUCGAGAACCAUGAGGAGUCACAGCUGCGUGUGGGCCUUGAUUGUUGCGGUGCUCUGGCUGGCACUGGCCAGCCGAGAGGUCAACGGCGAGACGAGGAUCGAGGUGGACGAGAACGGGGAUGAGUAUGAGCUGAAGCGCUUCUAUAUCCAGGGCCGGCAGCUGAAUGGCCAGGGCAGUAAAUCGCAGUGCGUGGUCACCAGGCGGAAGCGUUCGAGUCGCUCGAUGAGCGCGCCCAGCAUCUCGGUCAGCUCACAGCAGCUGAGCCUAAGUGCAGGGACGGAGCCGCUGAAGCUGCAGCAGGAGCAGGAUUCGAACAAGCGCCGCUAUGAGGACGACGAAGAUGAUGACGAGGAGGAUGACGAAGACGAUGGUGAUGAGCAGCAACUGGAGAUCGAGGAGGUGGUCUUAGCUGAAGACGAUGGCGAGCAGCAGGUUCAGCAGGUGCAGCAGCUGAAGCCACAGGCGUUCCUGGUGGAUGCAGUGCAACAGAAACAGUUCCCAGGCCAAAGCCAGAACAGCUUUGUGGCCUUCACACAGAAGGUGCCCGGUGGCGUCAGCGUGGUGGCCAAUGCGGCGACCCAUGCCAAUGUGGUCGGAGAUGCGGGCAUUGUUGUGGUCGAGUCGCAGGAGCCGCCCAAGGUCAAUCCCAAUACACAUGCGGUCUUCGAGCUAAAGCCGUUGAAUCAGCAAUCCUACUACCAGCCGGGCGCACCGCUUCUGGGUGGGGAUGAGGCGGCCGAGGAGGAGGACGAGGACGAGGAGGAUAAUAUCGACAGCGAUGGCUUCUAUUAUCAAGGCUUGGGCAUCUACGAUGAAUACGAACACUUCAUAACCGAGGAUAGCCCGGUGAGCACGUCGGCCAUUUGGAGCACGGAUGGCGAUGAUGAGGAUGUGCAGCCCGUUGUCAAUCCGGCCAAUCGACCAGUCAAUGAGAAUAAGAAGAAGAGAAUUCAGCAGCAGCAGAAGCAGAAACGUCGCAAGCAGCAGCAGCAGAAGCGCCGGAGGCCACAGCAAAAGAAGAAGAAGCGUCGCAAGUCCAAGCCCAAGCAGAAGAAGAAGAAGAAGAGCAGGCCAAGCAACGUGGGCAACAGACGCCGCCGACCCAGCUCCAGCUCCAGUUCCAGUGCCAGCUACAGCUAUGGCUCGAUGGGCGGCUAUAGACGCCGUCGUCCACAGCUGACGGAGGCGCAGCGUCGCCGCCGACAGCAGCAGAAGCGUCGCCGCCAGCAGCUGCAGCGCCAGCGUCGUCGCCGCAACAAGAUUCGCCAACAAAAUGGCAUCGGCGGCGGCUAUCGCCAGCAAUACUUUGGCGACGAGCCGAUCGUCAAUUGCAUCUACAUCAACAAGGAUCCGGUGACGACGACGACGACGACGACGCCGCGUCCAUUCUGGAAUCUGCUGGGACGCAGCGCAGCGCAGCAGCCACAGCUGGCAGAGCAAUCGCCACGGCGAAACGGCGAAUUCGGCAAUCGCAAGCGCACGAAUCUGAAAUUUACCGCCUAAAACAAGG